AUGGCGUUAAAGACGUGGGUACAGAAUAGCGUCCUGUCGAGGCAGCUUGGGCUAAGUCAUGCCUACUCAGAGUCCCAGUUUAGUCGCACCGAGCAUGAUCUUGAGAAAGCGAUACGCCGGGAAAGCUGUGUUCCACCGCGGGAGAAAAAGAUUGCGAGACUACGUCACAAAGGCGAGAGAAUUAUGCACAGCAAGCUCGUGCUGAUGAUGAUAGUGGUGCUGAAUUUAGUGGAUUGUUGCCUCGUCCUCGGCGAAUUGAUCCUCGACAUCCACUACAUAAAAGGACUUCGCGACAAGACCGAAGAGAGGUCACUGAAGUUCGUCGGCACGAUGGUCAAGCGGUAUCCUGAUGAACUAGGAGGCUACUCCACCGACCAUUUGGACGAUAUCUACGCACGCCUGUAUACCGCUGAAUGCACUUGGCCACCUCGCGUUGACGUGACUUACGUAUCUAAUUUAACGUUACUGAACGGCACGUUUCAGUCUGAUGCAGACGUUGGUGUUAAUAGAACGCGUUUUACUAGAAGUGCAAAUAUGCCAACGACCUGGACCGAACGCAACUUCAUUCAAGCCAUACCGGAAACUGUGUACGAGACCCCGCGAACCCGCCCCGAUCCCCCAUACUCCCCCACCGCGUCCCACAGUAAGAUGUGGGAGGAUGUAGCACACGCGCUCCACAAGUCCAGCGUCAUCAUCCUCGGGAUCCUGUUUAUCGAGAGCAUCAUCAAGAUUAUUUGCAUGGGUAAAGAGUUUUUGUCACAUAAACUCGAGGUGUUUGACGUGGUGGUGGUGAUUGUGUCGUUCGUGGUGGACUUGGCGCUCAUAAAGGGUCUCACUCACAUGAAAGUGCAGGACGCAACGCUUGUCCUCUCCCUUUUGUUGCCAUGGAGAGUCAUCCGUGUCGUAAACAGCCUGAUAGUAGCCGUGCUAGACCAUGAGCACUUCCGGCUUAAGAUGCUGUACAAGGAGAAGAAGAUGAUCACUGCGCAGCUGGAGAUGCUCGAAGAAACUGCCAAAAAAAUUGACUUUCACCUGCAGAAAAUUGAAUCUUUUUGUGUAAGCGAGGGAAUACCAAAGUGGAAGAUCCGCCAACAAACUGCUCUGUGCAGGAAGCAGUCGACCGUUACCUCAAUGGCGUCACUUGCACUGUACGGUAUGUUGCCUGGAAUAAUCAUGGGGCCGGCGGACAAAACGAUGUUCAACCGUGCAUUCGAACAAGGUCUCGCAAAUCACGCCAAUGCAAAACACGACUCAUCCAAGCAAAAUAAGGUCACUAGUAACGCUAGCGUCGCUACUAUCAGCAGAAUACCCACAAUACCAUCUAUAAAUCUUGAGAUUAUCGACGAAAGACACGACGCUGACGACGACAACGAAGACCUCCGAAGUCUCGUCACUGGAAGUAACUCGAGUUUGAGCACCAGCGGAAAUACGUACAAGGCGUUGCAGCCUUCAAGCAAGUCUGAUCCGGGUCAUCUUAUCAUUCCGAACGGAAGUCCGGCUUCUCAGAGGCGCGUUUCGUUUGGCAACAGAGAAAUGCAAUCUCUGUUGGAGGAACAAACAUUGGAGGAUGCAGACGAAUACUGCGACUCUGUCGAUCAAAUAGAACUAUGACAUCAACUAUGACAUCAACGUUAUUAAUGCAUCGCAUCUGGUUGUGCACGACAUUAUGUAAACAUAGCGUCAGGGAAAAGUAAAUCAAUUCUCAACUGUCGUUUUAUAGCUGCUUAACCUUUUCCUGGAUUAAUCCAUAACUCAAACUUUGUAAAAAAAUUGAAAGAUUUUGAAGUGUUCCAAGCGAUAUAGAUUUAAACCCAGCAAUCUAUAUUAAAACUUUAAUGAAUGACUACACGAUCCGUCUCUCUUAAAGAGUUGGCUACACUUAUCCAGAUGUGCGCAUUCUUCACUUUUAUUUGGUAGAAUGCAUUUAUCAUGUUGAUUCGGUUGUGUCAGCAUAUUGUAUUUUAGUUAACAGACAUUGCAUGUUGUGUUAUCUUAUGUUCUUUAUAUUGCUAUCAAUAUUUACACAAGGAAAUUACUUAGAAAUAGCAGGUUUUAAGUUGGGACGGAACUUGUUGAACUCAAGUAAACAACCUGGGCCGGUAUUGCCUUCUUGUUUUCUGAACUGGUUGUCUGUCAUUGAAACCACAUUAUUUAAUACUGUUUCUCAUAUUGUUUGGAAGGAAUUUAUAAAGGAAUUUAUAAAGGAUUAUAUCAACAUAAAAUUUGUCUUUAAUA